CCGCUUUCCCGCUUUCACACAGCUUUCCGCGACCAAAGCUGGCUUCGAUACCGUACAGAUUCAAAUCGGGCAGCAUGGCACCCAUGGAGGGCCAACACCACCACCGCAGCACCACCAAGGUGGCGCAAAAGCCCUACAAGUCGCGCCAUGCGUCCAAGAGCGCGCUCAAGGAAAAGUCCAAAGGCAAGGUCGAGGGCGAGCGUGGCACGCGCCGCACCCCGCACCAGCAGGUCAUGUCGAAGCUAGGGCGGCGCAACCAGGCGAAGCAGAAGCGCAACACCAAGGACGCGGACCACGCGAAGGCGACGUCCGUCUUCGCGGGGCGGGAUGGCGCGCCGCGCCUCGUGGCCGUAGUGCCGCUGACCGAGGACGUGUCGGGCAAGCUGGCGGUGCGCAGCUUGAACGGGUGCUUGGACUUGGAGGAGGACGUGCCUGAGGAGGGCUGGUCGCGUGUCGUUGUCGACCGCUUCAAGCAGAAGCUGCAGUACCUCGUUGUUGGUCGCGAUUUGCUCCGCGCCUUGGAUGCGUGCCGCGUUGCGGAUUUUGUCGUUUUCGUGCUUAGUGCGGAGCAGGAGGUGGAUGAACUGGGCGAGCUGAUGCUGCGUAGCAUUGAGAGCCAGGGCGUGUCGAACGUUCUUACGGUUGUCCAGGGUCUUGAUGCUGUUGAGCCUGCGAAGCGCCGCACCCAGGUCGUCGGCUCGCUCAAGUCUUUCAUCACUCACUUCUUCCCGACGCAAGAAAAGGUCCACUCGCUCGACUCGCGGCAGGAGUGCCUCAACGUUACGAGGUCGCUGUGCACGACCACCCCCAAGGGCAUCCGGUGGAGGGAGGACCGCAGCUGGAUGAUGGUGGAGGAUAUUAAGUGGCCCAGCGGCAAGGCGGCGGCCACUGACGCCGAAGCCACCGGAGAGGUCAUUCUCACUGGCCACGUCAGAGGAAAGGGCCUCAAGGCCGACAGACUGGUUGAGGUGGGCGACUGGGGCUGCUUCCAGAUCGACAAGAUCACCGCCGCUCCGCUGGAGACGAGGAGGAAAGGAAAGGGCGACGACAUGGCUGUCGACUCCGAGGGCCAAGAUGCCGUGCUCGACCAGCCCACGGAAGACCAGGACGACUUGGCCGAGCUCGCCCCCGAAGAGGCGGUCAUGGAGGAUGCCGAGGACUACCCGGUCUCGCUGGCACCUACUGAGCGGAAGGGUGUGCUUCUGGACGACCACCACUACUUCUCGGACGAAGAGGAGGAGGCUCCGCGGCCGAAGAGGCUGCCGAAGGGCACGUCCAAGUAUCAGUCGGCAUGGUACCUCAACGAUCUCUCCGACUCGGGCUCUGAUCUCGAGACGGUUGACAGCGACGAUGAGGACGAAGAGGACAUGGACAUGGAAGGCGCAGCAGCCAACCCCGCCGACGGCAUGGAGGGCAUCGACAUGAACGGCCGGGAGCCCACAGAGUACGGCGGACCCUCGGAAUACCCGCAGUCGGAAGCCUUCAUGGACCCUACGGCCGAAGACGAGGCUGAGCAGAUCGCGGCCUUCCGCGCUCAGCGCAAGAACGAGGCCGAGGAGGACCUCGAGUUCCCCGACGAGAUCGAGCUGCACCCGAACGUGCUGGCACGCGAGCGCCUGGCGCGGUACCGCGGACUGAAGAGCCUGCGGACGAGCCACUGGGAGACGGACGAGGACAAGCCGCACGAGCCCGAGGCGUGGCGGCGCCUGCUCGAGAUCGCGGACUACAAGGGCGCAAAGGCGCGGGUGCUGCGCGAGGCACUGGCCGGGGGCGUGAAGCCCGGGACGCGGGUGCAGGUGCACCUGCGCAACGUGCCACUGGCGCUGCAAGAACGGCACAACAAGGCGGGCGCGCUGGGCGUCUUCUCGCUGCUGCGGCACGAGCACAAGCGCACGGCGGUCAACUACAGCAUCUCGCUGUCGUCGGACUACGAGGUGCCGAUCAAGAGCAAGGAGGAGCUGGUGCUGCAGUGCGGGCCGCGGCGCAUGGUCAUCAAGCCGCUGUUCUCGGCGGCCGGCAACACGCCCAACGACGUGCACAAGUUCGACCGGUUCCUGCACCCGGGCCGGAGCGCCAUCGCGACGUUCAUCGGGCCGCUGACAUGGGGGUCGGUGCCGGCGCUGUUCUUCAAGAAGACGGCAGCGGCACCGGCGGCCGACGCAGACGAAAUGGCCGACGACGGCGACGGCUCCGACGCGCCGCAGCUCGCGCCCUCGACCCAGCUGAUUGCGACUGGCACGUCCUUGCCGCCGAGCACGAACCGCGUCGUCGCCAAGCGCGUUAUUCUGACCGGCCAUCCUUACAAGAUCCACAAGAAGCUCGUCACCGUCCGCUACAUGUUCUUCAACAGCGAGGACGUGGCCUGGUUUAAGGCGCUGCAGCUGUGGACGCGCCGCGGGCGCAGCGGCUUCAUCCGCGAGUCGCUGGGUACGCAUGGCUAUUUCAAGGCGACGUUUGAUGGCAAGAUUAAUCCCCAGGAUGCGGUUGCUGUUAGCCUGUAUAAGCGGGUUUGGCCGAGGGAGGCGAGAGGGCUGGCGGUUGGUGAGGGGUUGGGCUUGUAGGGGGUUGUUUGUGGGGGGUUUGGGUGGAGCUGGGAGGGGAGGUGGAACGAGGGGUAGAAAAAGGGUCGGGUUGAUGCUGAUAGGUAGGAACGAUAUCAUGGCUGGGGCGU